CUGCCCUGCGAAACUGCCUUCCAGUUCCAGGAAUCAGCAUCCUUGAUAAGCUCAUCAAGACCUGUCCUGUCUGGCUUCAGCUGAAUAUGAGCCAGGAAAGGGCUGGGGCAAUACUUGGGAAAGAAACAGCAGGGAUAUUCUUGGUUAGGAAAGAGGGUAAUGUGAACAACAUGAUCCUUGCAGUCUGCCUGUCUGCACAGGGUGGGGCUCCUGAUGUGCUGGAGUACAACAUUAAAGAAGAAAAAUCAAUCCUGUACCUGGAAGGAUCUGUCCUUGUAUUUGAGGAUGUCUUCAAACUGGUCGCCUUCUACUGUGUCAGUAGGGAUUUGCUGCCUUUCACACUGAAGCUGCCACAAGCAAUAAUAGAAGCCAGUAGCUUUCAAGACCUUGAAAUUAUCUCUAGUCUAGGCAUAGAUUUCUGGGAUUCCUCUUUAAACCACAGAAGAAGAAGAAGAGAGGAUUUGUCCCACCCAGCAAAAGAUUCUGCUUUCAGCACUGCCCAGGCAGACAGUUUAAGAUCUGCUCAGUGUUUCGCAAGUAGCACAAACCACUGCUCAUGUGAAAUUGAGCUGUCAAUAGGAAAUGACAGGCUGUGGUUCGUGAAUCCUAUUUUUAUAGAAGAGUGCAGUAAUCCUUUUCGCCCAGAUGUACCUCCUCCUAAAAGCCAUGCUGUGAGUGACAAUCUUCCCCCUGCCACCAUGCUUGCUGAAAGGAGGUCUCCCCGCCGCCCCCCUCCACCUCCACCUUCUCACACUCUUGUUCAGAAAUCUUCUCUGAAGCUCCUGCAGGAUCCUGUGACUGCAUGUGAAAAUGAACUGUUUCUUCAGCCACUAGGAAAGAGCAUCAAGGAAAUGAAAAUUGAGGGCGGUGACAACAAAGAAGGAAAGCAGAGCUGCUCAGCCAACGAGCCCUCAGCAGUGCGCCCCAAGAAGAGCUCCCAGCCCUCCAUCCCCCCACGGAGGCGGCUGUCCGAGAAGACGCUGGAGGAGAGCUGUGUGGGUAAACCUGGAAGUUGUGAAACACUGAAAAGAGAACAGGCAGGAGAAAAACAAGACACAAGUACAGAGAGCAGAGAUAAAAGGUCACCAUGCAAAAAGGCUGUAGAAAUGCCUGGAGAGGUUCCUGAAAGGGCUGUAUCAAAGGAGACAAAGCUUGAACCUGCAGAGAAGGAAGGCAUGCCUGAGAUACAAAGCACUGCCAUGGAGAAAGGGAAUUCACCUCCUAUCCCACCACCAAGAAGAAAGAAGCUUUCCCAGAUACCAAGGAUGCCCAGCUCCUGCCAGCUGAAGGAAAGAAGAGCAGCAGAGGUGGCCACAACCACAGCAGAGACACUGCACAAGAGCAGCUCAGCUACAGUGGAAAGUGGUGCCGUUUGCUCACACACCAAGACUGAAAUGGGACAUGGUUGCAAGUCAGUCAGCUCUGCUGAACUGAAAGGUUCACACUCCUCCCUGGAGGGCCCAGGAGGCAGCACCGUGGCUCAGGCAUCAGCAUCUGAGCUAGACUCUUACUCCACCAGCAGCACAGAAGAUGACCUGGAGAUGCUGAGCAAUUCCUCUCGUAAAAAGACACACUCUGUGAUCUUGGGCAAGGCCAAGAACAGGCUGUCCAUUGUGAGCCUAUCCAAUGUCUUCACAGUCUUUUUGUCUAGUGACAGGAAGCUGCAGAAGAAGAUAGUGGAGCUGGCACAGGACAAGGAUUCAUACUUUGGCAACCUGGUGCAGGACUACAGAGUGUACAGUUUAGAGAUGAUGGCAAAGCAGAGUUCCAGCACAGAGAUGUUACAAGAAAUCCGAAUGAUGAUGACACAGCUGAAGAGUUACUUAGUGCAGAGCACUGAGUUAAAAUCUCUGAUAGACCCAGCCUCCUACACUGAGGAACAGUUAGAAGUGAUUGCUGAGACAGCUUUGUACAAAUGUGUCCUGAAACCUUUAAAAGAAGCCAUUGAUUCUUACUUAAAAGAAAUCCACAACAAAGAUGGAUCUUUACAGCAGCUGAAAGACAACCAGCUCGUGAUACAAAACACAACUACCACUGACCUUGGCAUCACAACCAGUGUGCCUGAAACUGUUGUGCUGGAGAAGAUCCUUCACAAGUUCACAACCAUGCACAAGACCUACUCCCCAGAAAAGAAGAUUGCUGUCUUGCUGAAGACCUGUAAACUCAUCUAUGACUCCAUGGCUCAGGGAAACCCAGGGAAACCACAUGGUGCAGAUGACUUCCUCCCUGUGCUCAUGUAUGUGUUGGCUCGCAGCAACUUGACUGAAGUCCUUCUAAAUGUGGAGUAUAUGAUGGAACUCAUGGACCCUGCUCUGCAGCUAGGAGAAGGCUCUUAUUAUUUAACUACUACCUAUGGAGCCCUGGAGCACAUCAAGAACUACGACAAAAUCUCCAUCACAAGGCAGCUUAGCAUGGAAGUGCAGGACUCCAUUCACCGCUGGGAACGACGCAGGACUCUGAACAAAGCCCGAGCUUCCCGCUCCUCAGUUCAGGAUUUCAUCUCUAUCUCUUUUCUGGAAAUUGGUGCUCAGUCAAGGACACUUGCUUCCCGGAACGACACCACAGCUGAGCAGCUGAGCCAGCAGUGUGCCGAAAAGUUUGAAGUCUCCCAUCCCAAGGACUAUGGGCUUUUCGUUUAUGUUGAUGACCGCUGGCUGCAGCUGGACAAAGAUGCCCUUCCUCACCGUGUCAAAGCCUCCCUGCUGAAGUGUGAAACCAAGAAAGAUUUUCAUUUUAUUUAUAAACCAAUAGACCAUGAAACCCUAUUGGUUCCAACUGUAAACGAGUCAGACUUUCCCUAACUGCCAUGCUGCUCUUUUGUUGUGUUUGCAGUUGUCUUGGAAGGGCUGGAUAGUUUAUCUUGUGAGAUCCGCUGGUAUCUUUAGACCUCAGAUGACCUCUGGAGCAUAGCCUUCGACACAGGGCAAAUAUGCUAAAUGUAUAUACUGUCUGAAUACAGGGCAUUUCUCAGCAGAGUUCCUUUGCAGAAAUAAAAAGUAUUCAGGAGAACAUUCAUCCUCUGGAAAACUUGAAGUAUCAAACCUCAGAACUUCCUGCUGGCAGCCAGCUGACAUUGCAGAAUGUUAAGUGGAGAGUGGAGAAAAUCUGGAGAUCUUGCAAAAAAGUGGACAUUUACUCCAUAACAAAUUGUGGCAGGUGUGAGUCACCUCUGUGCACAAGACUUGUGAAAGGUCUGCACCACCUCUGUCUUUUUUUGGAGCUAACACUGCAUAUAUGCCUUACAGCAUCUGCUCAACCAGUCUGAAUAAACCAAGUCUUGCCUGAUGCAUUCAGUGGAGUAGAGUUGCCACCCGUAGCAGAACUCCAUCAUUGGAUUACUGCCUGCAGUAUGUCAUUGCCUUUGAAAUCCACAUCAGUACAGGCCAUGCAAGAGAAUGCCUUACCCUCACUAAGAACACGUUUUCUGCCCUGUAUUUGUCACGGAAAUCAGGUAGCACAGCCAUUCUCAUCAAUGAGUUUUCCUUUAAGGUUGGAAGCCUUCACCAUCAGUUUUAUGUGUGCAGUAGUUUUAAGCACAGUGGUUGUGUGAUAGUGUCUGGGUGAUUGUUUAUUUAUUACCAUGUCUGAUAUGGUGCAAUUACUUUCAAAUAAGUAAAGAACUUAGUAGUUUUCCCAGUGUAGCAAGCCAGAUUAAAAUCCAAAAGUCAAAAAGAGCUAGAAUUAAAUUCCUGUUCCUUUUUACCCAGAUGUCAUUUUCUCUAAUGUUUUCAUAUCUACAAGUCCCACCUGGGACUACUUUAAUAAAUUCAUGCAUCUGCAGACAGAA